CGUGUAUAAUAGGCAGGCCACAAAAUUAAAAAAAAAAAGAGUGACGUGGUCGUUUAUUGUCUAAACACCGUACAUUUUUAUUAUUAAAUAAAUUUAAAUACCAAUAUUAUAUAACAAUGAUUACUGAUAUCCAGCUUGCAGUGUUUUCAAAUAUUUUAGGUGUAUCCAUAUUCCUCCUAGUUAUACUUUACCACUAUAUCAACGCAAACAGCAGCAAAUAAAGAUAUUGCACCUAAUUGUCCAAUUAUGUUACUAAAAUAUGUUGUAAGAUGUAAAUAAAUUAUCUAAAACAUU